GAAAUACUGAAGCAGUGAGGAAGAUCAUCAACGUUUUGGAACAAACUUAAACCUUCAAAUAGAUAGAUCUGAUGGCAGAUACAAAAGAUAAGCAAAUUUCAACUGGUGAGCUACAGAAAUGUAAUGUUAAAUCAGCCUCAAUAGACGAUAUCAUUAUUCAAAUAGGUGAAUAUGAACGCAGCCAAAUCUUCUUGACAGUUCUACUUUGUCUGUUAAUGGUCCCUACUGUAUACCCGUUGUUUACAUUGGUGUUUUUGACACACCUUCCGGCAUGGAGAUGUUCAAGUACCGGUGAAAAAAACGGAGAAUGCUUACUUAAUAAUACUUUUAAUGUUGGAGAUGGUUUAUACAACGAGAGAUGCAAGAUGAAUCGAAGUUCGUGGGAGUUUGUCGUUGCGGAUGAUUUCUCCAUAGCUACCGAGUUUAAUCUUGUUUGUGACAGAGAAAUACUUUCUGCUUUGGUUUUGUCUGUGCCAGUUAUUUCAGCAAUAUUUGGAACUAUUGUCCUUGGUGAACUUUCUGCUCGGCAUGGACGAAAAAAAGUCAUUUUUAUAUGUUACUUCAUAAUCAUGGUGAUUAGUUUCGCACAAUCAUUCGCUCCAACCUACACCAUCUUCUUCUGCUUAGCUCUUGUCAUUGGUUUCUGCACAAGUGGUGUUGUUCCUAUGCUAUACGUAACAAUAGCUGAAUUGGUUGGCUCAAAAUACCGUUCGUUAGCCUCCAAUAUGGUUUGGGUUGCGUACGCCUUAUCAGUUGUUUUUAUUGGGGUACAUUCUUACUUGAUAAGAUCAUGGAGAAUGAGAACUAUUAUCUUAAGUGCGCCUUACAUCUCAUUUGUUUUGUUUUGGAGAUGGGUUCCAGAAUCUGUAAGAUGGCUUUGUAUAAAUCAAAGAAAUAAUGAAGCAGAAAAGAUACUUCGGAAAAUUGCGAAACAAAAUAACAAGCAAUUUCCCAAUGUGACACUCGUUGAAAUAAGCAAGAAAGAGUCUGAAGGUACAAUGUUAGAUUUGUUCAAAGAUUGUCAACUCCGACGUUCUGUUCUCCUGCAAAGCGUCGUUUGGUUUAUCAACGAACUGAUAUACUCUGGAAUCGUUCUUGCAACUUCGUAUCUGAGUGGAAGGUUUUAUUUAGAUUUUAUUUUAGUCAGCCUGGUUGAAAUUCCAGCAAAUGCAGUUGUCAUCUAUGCUUGUAAUAGGAUUGGACGAAAGAAGAGUACCAUAUCUAGUACUUUUUUCGCUUUUUGGUGUCUACUUGCAGUAGCUUGUAUACCAGAGGAUGUAACGCACUCGGGUUACAGCAUAUCAAGAGCAUUUUUUGGAAUCAUGGCAAAAUUCUUCAUUUCCAUCUCAUUUAAUUCUGUAUAUUUACUCUCAGCUGAAACCUUCCCCACUGUUGUCAGAACUCAAGCAAUGGCUUUACUUUCUACGAUGUUAUUACUCGGAGCAGCAGUUUCUCCUUGGGUGUCCAACGCACUACGUUUAGUUUAUUUUCAACUUCCAUUCAUCGUACUUACUGUAUUAUGUUUCGGUAAUGUGAUUUUGAGUUUCUUUUUAAAGGAAACAAAGGGUUUGGUGUUAGAAGAAGUGUUGACAAAAGAGACACCACCUCCGAAAGAUCCAAAUAUGGCAGACGCUUCUGUUUGACCUUGUCCGUGUCAACUGCAUUCUUUUGGCGAGAAUAGUUCGAAACAAAUAUGAUUUGUGGAAUUUACGAUAAAAAUUAAAUUCCCUGUUCAUAUAGAAUUUUGUAUAACUUAUAUUUAUUUUCAUAGU